AUGUCUUCGACUUUCAAGACCUUUGCAGUGGCAGGAGUAGGGAAUCUGGGUUCAUUCAUCGUGAAGGCGCUUCUCCAGAAGAAACAAUCUGGCCUUCCUAUCAGAGUUAUUACUCUCAGCCGCUCAACUUCCCCAGAUGCGAAAUUCGAGAGCCUGAUUUCUCAGGGUGCUGAGUUCAGGACCAUCGCCUACGAAUCGAAGUCAUCUUUGGUCGACUCUCUCGCGGGAGUCAACGUCGUCAUCUCUGCGCUUGGUUCCAGCCCCGGCGGUGGUAUUGGUUUGCAAGGACAGCUCGCUGAAGCUGCAAAGGAAGCCGGCGUCAGACUUUUCGUCCCCUCCGAGUACGGUAGGCCUUCCGACUCCGAGAAGGAUCCCAAGGCCCAGUUUCAUGGGAAGCUGAAGGCCCUCGGCUUGCCUUAUACGUUGUUUUUCAAUGGACCCUUCCCCGACUUUGUUUUCAGCCCAUUCCUAGGCCUAGACAUCAAGAAUGGGUCUGUCAAAAUAAGCGGCGACGGAAACGUCCCUAUCUCCUUCACCGCUCGCGAGGACAUUGCGCGGUACAUGGCACACGUUCUCACAAGCCUCCCCGCAGAGACACUUGAAUGGCGUAUUUUCCGUAUUGAAGGCGAUCGCCAGACUCUGAAUGAUGUCGUCAAGGCCUACGAAGAGAAGACCGGGAAGAAGAUCAAUGUCUCCUAUCAGCCCGUCAGCGAGUUGCAAGAGGCCAUGAAAGCUAAUCCCAAGGAUUUCCUCACGAUGGUGAAGUUAGCGUUUGCGCAAGGCCUUGGAGCAGUUGUAGGGGCUCCUGAAGAGCUCGCCAAUGGGGAGUUCCCGGACUGGAACCCGAAGAAGGUCAUCGAUGUUUUGACGUCGUAAUUUGGACUCCAGACACCAUGUAUACAGUAACAUCGAUUGUGGGAUUUAAUGAAUUUUGGUGUCAGUAUAUGGAAAGGCGAGGAAGUUUAGAACGCGCGAUUCAGCUAUUUUUGUAAGGUUGAAGAGGAACAUCAGGCUAUAGAAUGGAAUAUCAAUAAUG